ACUCGAAAGCCACAACCGAUACAUGUGAGUAAAUCAGGAGAGUUUAUUGGCAUUAUAAAGAAGCGUAAACUGUUUAUUUGGCAAAUCCCUUGCAAGCGAUUUAGAAGCGAUGAAGUAAAAAAGAUCAGACUGCAUCACACAAAGAACUUGAGCACAUUCGCAUUCCAUCCAACGGAGAGAGUUGUAGCUGGAGGUGAUGUAACUGGAAGAGUAUUAAUAUGGAGAGAAUUUGGGCAGAAAAAGUUCUCAAAAAACUUGGUAGCUAGAGAUGAGGAAGAAAAGCCUGGUGUAAGAGAUGACGACGAUGCUGAUUCAUGUACAACAUGGCAUUGGCAUGCAAAUGAAGUCAAAUUUCUUUACUUCUCCUCUGAUGGUGCAUAUUUGUAUUCAGGUGGAAAGGAAGGAGUCAUUGUUGUUUGGCAGCUUGACACCGGAAAGAAGAAGUUUAAACCUCGUUUAGGAGCCCCACUCAUAACUUUCACAGAUUCACCAGAUCCCCAUCUUUCAUGUCUUUCUUGUUCAGAUAAUCAAAUCCAUCUGGUAAAGAUGCCCACUAUGGAGAUCAUCAAGUCUAUUUCAGGAAUUAAGUUGCCUUUCUCAUUUCCAGAUUCGUGUGAAUGCUCAACCAAUGAAUUUGCCUUUCAUAAUGAGGCUGGAUUAGUAGCACUGCGUACUGAAGAUUAUUGUAUACAAUUCUUUAGCUUGUUUGACAACAUGGAAGUUUCACAGGUGCAAGUAUGUGAAAGGAACUUCCAACCUGUUGAUGAUGUCACGGUGUUUGUUGCUCUGAUUGCUCUCUCUUCUGAUGGCUCUAUGAUGAGCACCGUUGAUGUUAAGCUUCCUGAGGAGGAUUUAGGUGGUCUUGUGACUCUGAAGUUUUGGAGUGGUGGUUCCCGGCUUGGAGAGUAUGCCUUGUCUACUGUGAUUUUUGAGCCUCACAGUAAUGCACAAAUUUCUGCUAUUGCAUUCCGUCCUGGGCAUUCCAUGGCUGUAAGCUCUUCCUUGGGUGGAAAUUUCAAGGUGUGGGUUAAUUCUACCAAAUCCCCUCAAGAAGGUCAGACACAUCAUAAAUAUGAAUGGAGAUGCCAAUCUGUUGGUUCGUACAAGAAUGUGCCCAUGACUGCGGCCACAUUUUCCCCCGACGGCUCUGUACUAGCAGUUGCAGCUGAGACUGCGUUUACCUUAUGGGAUCCUGACAAGAAUGUUCUUAUAGCUGUAAUUGGAAAUACAGUUGCGCCCAUCUGUGAUCUGUCAUUUGUUGCUCAUUCUGAAUAUUUAGUUUCAAUAUCACGGGGUUUGAAAACACAGUUGGCCGUUUGGAAUUUGUCAAAGCUAUCUAUGCAUUGGUCUUACCAAAUUUCUGCAGAAGGUUUGUUGAAUCCUUGCUUUAAUAUGAGUUUGCAUAUGCAUCCCCAUUCUUAGUUA